GCGACCCCUCACUACUCCAUGAUCAUCGACCAAAUGAGUUACGGCCACCGAUGGAUCAAUCGUACGUUCGGACCCGACUUCUUGCCCACAACCGGAUGGCAGAUCGACCCCUUCGGACACACCCGAGAGUACGGCUCUAUUCUCUCUCAAAUGGGAUUUAACGCCUUAUUUCAGGGGAGAAUUGAUUAUCAGGACAAAGAGAAGCGAAUGAAAGAGAAGAGUAUGGAAAUGAUUUGGAAGACUGACGACAACCUCCGGUAUAAUAACUAUAUGUUUACGGGAAUUACUCCCACUGGUUAUUAUCCGGCAGACGGCGUGUGUCUGAACUGCUAUUAUAAAAAUAACGCCCCAUUACUUAUCAAACAAGUGAAGGCCCAGUCGGCCGGCUAUCGGACCAAUCAUUUA